AUGGAGAAGAUGCUCGAGGUGGAGAUCUUGCCGCCGUACGUGCCCAGCGCUGCGGAGCAGGAGGACCCCGUGCUCUACGCGAACAACGUCAGGGCCGAGAUGGCAAAGGCCAUGGGCGUGGAGUGCACGAACCACAGCUAUGACGAUGCCAAGAUGUUCCAGGAGGCGUGCAACCUCGGCAUCGCCCCUGAGGCCAUGGAUUUCGAGGUGCAUGACAUGAGGCAGAAGCUCUUGGUGGAUGUCGACCACAUGACGAGCUGCAUGAAGGACUUCAAGGCGAAGGACGUCAACGGCGACGGCCUCAUCGAUCGCCGCGAGUUCGUGCAGGGAUACAGGAAGCUGGGCCACCUGUUCGACUUCAUCGACACCGACGGCAGCGGCACGAUCAGCUACAUCGAGUUGGUCGCCGGCCUCGCUGCGCUGUCAGGGAAGGCGUCGAACAAGACGCGCGCGAAGCUCGCAUUCCACUCGCUGGACCAGGACGAUUCUGGUCAGGUCCAGGGGAAGACGGACGGCACGUCCUGGGGGCCAAUGGCCGCGGAGACGUUCGUGGCGUUCUCCGAGACGCCACUGGGCAAACGCGUCGUCGAGGUGGAGCUGAAUCGGCUGAUGGGGGCCACGAAAGAGUUCUGA